AUGGCAUUCCAUAUUAUAAGACAUAUGCUUCGAGGUCAGGGUGUGUCGUUUGGCGUCCUGGAUGGGGUAUAUCGGUUUGGCUCAGUCCCUUGGCUCUGGUCAAAAGGGCUUUGGGGUGCCUUGCACAAGCCUUCCCAGUACCAAAAUUUUCUCUUCGCUAUAGGUCUUGCGAUGGCCGCUGUUUACGCCAACGUUAUUGCUCCAUCAUCCGCUAUCUUGCUCACUCCGACACUUGACUGGUGGAAAGUCCAUGACGCCUUCAACGGCCAAAACUUUACAACCCUCAUCACCGGAAACUCGAGUCGAGUGUUUCCGUCAUACCUGACGCCGCGUGGCAAGUGUGAGGAUGAUCCUAGCUGGGAUCAAUAUCCUGGAGGAGGGUACAGCACCCUUCUCUCAUUACUUAAAGCGUAUCAAACCGACGGGAUCGAUCUCGAAACCCAGAUUAAGCUACCAGUUGCAAAGUCGUACCGGAAAAUCAGUUCAACGCUAGAGUUCAAUAAUUAUACCGCAGCAAAUGAAAGUCUCCCUGUCGCCACAACUUCCCAUACUUCAAUCGCCAUGAUAGCGGGUCUGCUCUGGAACCACAUCCGAGAACAGAAAUUAGGCAAGGUAAACGACAUAGAGCGCCCACAGUUUCGACCCAGCAUCCAGGACAUUCGUGCACCACUGGUGCAGGUCCAGUGUUCUCCCUUCUCUUGGAUCAAUGCCACCAAGAAGAUUCAGGAUCCUAUAUUCAAGGUAAACAAUCUGAGAAACUUCAGUCAACUUGUUGACAAAGAGGACACCGACAACUACCAACGAAUGGGGAAUCGAAACGCUAAACAAAAGGAUUGGCAUCACACAGAAUCCACUCUUCGUAUCCCUACUCUGAGAUGGGUCGACGCUUCGGCUUUGUUUCAUAAUCCCAAGCUUUCUCUCGCUGCAGUCGCAACGGUCCCUGCGUAUUAUCUCCAAGGCGAUAAAGCAAAGCUUGACAGCAUCAUCCUCCCAUGCAUGAUCGAUGCCCGCUGGGUAGAUGUAUCUCUUGAAUACGAUCCCACGAUGGACAACACAAUCCACAGUAAUUUCACUGACCUGAUGUCGCUGAGGCGUUAUUGGGAUCCCACAAACACGUCUAGUCCUCCUGGAGGGCUCACGUCACCAAACGUCAUGAUUGACACAUCUUGGGCCAGAUCACUGAAUCUCAAAACAAGAUACCAUUACAACGUUAAGAACGGAAAAAGAGGCGUCACAGCGAUUGAGAAUUUAAUGAAUACCUUUAUAAAAACUGACGACGACCAUGAUGAGGAUGACGACGACUAUAUUCCGAAUCACUUUGUUCCACCUUUCAACACAGCAACUGGAAGAAAGCUGGGAAACUUCACGACUGAUGGGUCAAAGGUUGAAUCCUAUAUAAACGAGAUCUCCAAGACUGUAUCUGCUAUACUCUCUCUCGCCAUAGUUGAUGGCAUGUCCCGUAAUGCCAUUAGUCUAAAGAUGCGCUUGAUUACCAAGAACCUCCAGAAUGGCUUGUCGCAGGGGAUAGAAGAAUUCUGGGAGCCCCAUCCUGACGAAGAUGGCAAUCCUGGAUCGGAAGUGUUCGAGGCAACUGAAGUCGAUGAGCCAGUAUCUAUCGACUGGGAGGUCUACAGAUAUGGAUGGGGAUAUGGCCGUCAAAGUACAACGGUAUACUUCGCUAUCACAGCUCUUUUCAUCCACGUGGCAUUGGUACUUGUAUUUGGGAUCUAUAUAGCGAUAUUCGGGGUAAGUGGGGAGCGGCCUGGCAAGUCUCGAGACACGAUAUCCGAGUUUGUAGCUCUAGCAUUGGCCUCUCCACUGGUAGGUUAUAACGCUUCAGAAGUGAGAAGACUUGCAAAUGGCGAGGAGGAAGAGAAUGACGGUAGCAAACUCUUGACGCUGCCGAUUAAACUUGGGAUGAAUGAUGAGAACGAGAGAGUAUUAUUAACUUAG